AUGAUACGUUACCUGGCGGUGCUCACCGCCGCCUUGCACCUCGUGCAGGGCCAGACCGAUCCGUGUGUGCCGGGCGUAACCUGCCCCAGCUACAACUGCAUCGACGACAGCCGAUGCCUGAACUGGAACCCGUCGGGCGGGGCGCUCCUGCUGGCGCACCCGAACUGUGCCAAGUUCUACAAGUGCGCCAACGGGAAAGCCUGCGAGUACGACUGUCCCGCCAACCUGCACUUUAACGUCCACGAACUGGCCUGCGACUGGCCGGGGCGAGCCUGCUGUGAUCCGACCGUCCCGUGCAUUCCGGACGAUCCCUGCAUACCGGGCGUGACGUGCCCACCGUCACCGUCCGAUCCGCCGAUUACGACACCAGCACCGGUAACGCCUACGCCGGCACCGGUAACGCCUGCGCCACCGGGUCCUUGCGUGCCGGGACUCUGCCCCAACUGUGUCAUCGACGCCCGGUGCCCGAUCAACGAAGACCCGAACAAUCCGACCGUGUUUGCGCACGAGUCGAACUGUGGCCAGUUCUACAAGUGCGAUCUGGGCAGCCGGUGCCUCGUAUCGUGCCCGGUGGGGCAACACUUUAGCACGCAGAACCGUCGCUGCGAGUUCCCGAAUGUGGCUUGCUGCGAUCCAACCGUAGCAUGCACGGGCGCCAACCCGGGAGUGACCUGUACGCCGGACGCACGCUGCCCGCUCACGGACAAUCCUCCGACCGUCUUCGAGCACGAAUCCAACUGCGGCCAGUUCUACAAGUGUGACUUCGGCAGCCGCUGUCUGAUUUCGUGUCUGGUCGGUCAGCAUUUUAGUCGUCAAACGCUCGCCUGUGAGUUCCCGAAUGUGGCCUGCUGUGAUCCUUCCGUGCCGUGCACGGGGCCGAAUCCAGGUGUAACGUGCGUCGCCGACUCCCGUUGCCCACUGUUCGAGGACCCUUUCAAUCCGACGCUGCUGCCGCACCCGACCUCCUGCUCAAUGUUCCGCAAGUGCUCGCAGGGUCAAGGCUGCGACCUUCAGUGCCCGGUAGGGCAACACUUCAGCCAGGCACUGCAGCGCUGCGAUUGGCCCAACAUAGCCUGCUGCGAUCCAAGCAUUCCGUGUGAAAAUCCGUGCAUUCCGGGCGUCACCUGCCCGACGGUUCCGACUCCUGCUCCGACUCCAGCGCCAACCGCAGCUCCGACAACUGCGCCAACCGCAGCUCCGACUCCUGCGCCAACCGCUGCUCCGACCCCGGCACCAACGGCAGCUCCAACUCCGGCGCCAACGGCUGCUCCAACUCCGGCUCCAACUCCCGCCGAUCCUUGCAUCCCCGGAGUAACGUGCCCCGACGAUGCUGGCAACUGCGUUGUGGACUCUCGAUGUCCAUCAUGGAACGGGCCAACACCGACCCUGCUGGCGCACGCCAACUGCGCCAAGUUUUACAAAUGCGACACGGGCAGGGCCUGUGAGCAUAACUGUCCACCUGGUCUGCACUUCAACACUGCAUUGAACGUUUGCGAUUGGCCAGAAAGUGCCUGCUGUGACCCAUCGGUACCGUGUAAUCCUCCCUGCAUCCCUGGCAUAACUUGUCCCCCCGUGGGACCGACCCCGGCGCCAACCCCUGUCCCAACUCCAGUUCCGACUCCAGCACCAACGGCUGCUCCGACCCCGGCACCAACGGUUGCUCCGACUCCGGCACCAACCGCUGCUCCGACCCCGGCACCAACCGCUGCUCCAACUCCGGCACCAACGCCCGCCGAUCCUUGCAUCCCCGGAGUAACAUGUCCUGACGAUUCUGGCAACUGCUUUGUCGACGCCAGAUGUCCGACAAGAAACGGGGCCACCCCUACGCUGCUGGCCCAUGCGAACUGUGCAAUGUUCUACAAAUGUGACACAGGAAAGGCCUGCGAACAUAACUGUCCACCUGGUCUGCACUUCAACACUGCAUUGAGCGUUUGCGAUUGGCCUGAAAGUGCCUGCUGUGACCCAACGGUACCGUGUAAUCCUCCCUGCAUCCCUGGCAUAACUUGUCCCCCGGUGGGACCGACCCCGGCGCCAACCCCUGUCCCAACUCCAGUUCCGACUCCAGCACCAACGGUUGCUCCGACUCCAGCACCAACCGCUGCUCCGACCCCGGCACCAACGGCUGCUCCGACCCCGGCGCCAACCGCUGCUCCAACUCCGGCACCAACUCCCGCCGAUCCUUGCAUCCCCGGAGUAACAUGUCCUGACGAUUCUGGCAACUGCUUUGUCGACGCCAGAUGUCCGACAAGAAACGGGGCCACCCCUACGCUGCUGGCCCAUGCGAACUGUGCAAUGUUCUACAAAUGUGACACAGGAAAGGCCUGCGAACAUAACUGUCCACCUGGUCUGCACUUCAACACUGCAUUGAGCGUUUGCGAUUGGCCAGAAAGUGCGUGCUGUGACCCUACGGUACCGUGUAAUCCUCCCUGCAUUCCGGGUGUAACUUGUCCUCCGGUGGGACCGACCCCGGCGCCAACCCCUGUCCCAACCCCUGUCCCAACUCCAGUUCCGACUCCGGCACCGACUGCUGCUCCGACUCCAGCUCCGACACCUGCUCCGACACCGUCGGAUCCGUGCAUUCCGGGAGUUACAUGUCCACCGACCGGGGGCGAAAACUGCUACAACGAUAUGCGCUGCCCGACGAUCGAUGGAGUCAAGCCGACGCUGUUCGCCCACUCCGACUGCGGCAAGUUCUACAAGUGCGCCAACCGUCGGGCCUGUGAGCACUCUUGUCCGCCGGGGCUGCACUUCAACUCCCUAGAGUUCGUGUGCGAUUGGCCCGGAAGUGCCUGCUGCGAUCCAACGAUACCGUGCAAUCCUCCGUGCAUACCGGGCGUUACCUGCCCGUAA